GGAAGUUCUGAUCGGAAAGCGGCGCAGCAGCGGAGAAGUUGCAGGCUGUGGGAUAAGUGUGUGCGGCUCUUGCGCGCGUGGAGCCCGCGGCGUGUCUGUCCGUGAGCCUGAGAGCAGUAGACGCGAUCCGGGCCGUCCUCCGGCAUCCUCGCCGGCCUCAGGUACCAGCUUCAGCCUGCACAUGGACACUCCUCCGCUCUCGGGCUCCGACUCGGAUUCGGAUGAUUCCCUGGUCUCCGACCGAGAGUUGCAGGAUGCAUUUUCUCGUGGACUCCUGAAACCGGGCCUCAAUGUCGUGCUAGAGGGGCCAAAGAAGGCGGUGAAUGACGUGAAUGGACUGAAGCAGUGUUUGGCUGAAUUCAAGCGGGAUCUGGAGUGGGUUGAGAGGCUCGAUGUGACCCUGGGUCCAGUGCCAGAAAUCAGUGAACCACAGCCAACACCUCAAAGCAAGGACCAGAAGAAAGCUGUUAACCCCGAAGACGACUUCCAGAGGGAAAUGAGCUUCUACCGCCAGGCCCAGUCUGCAGUGCUCGCAGUAUUACCCCGGCUCCAUCAGCUCCGUGUCCCCACCAAGCGGCCCACUGAUUAUUUUGCAGAAAUGGCCAAGUCUGAUCAGCAGAUGCAAAAGAUUCGACAGAAGCUGCAGACUAAACAGGCCGCCAUGGAGAAAUCUGAAAAGGCGAAGCAGCUGCGUGCACUUCGGAAAUACGGGAAGAAGGUGCAAACUGAAGUUCUUCAAAAGAGGCAACAGGAAAAAGCACAUAUGAUGAAUGCCAUCAAGAAAUAUCAGAAAGGCUUUUCUGAUAAGCUGGAUUUCCUCGAGGGAGAUCAGAAACCUGUCUCACAGGGUAAAAAGGCAGCAGUUAAAGGCCAGCAGAUGAAUAAAGGGCCCAGUGCCAAACGACGCUAUAAAAACCAGAAGUUUGGUUUUGGUGGGAAGAAGAAAGGCUCCAAGUGGAACACUCGAGAGAGCUACGAUGAUGUAUCUGGUUUCCGGGCCAAGGUAGCUCAUGGCAAGGUCUCCAAGAGGCCUGGGAAGAAAGGCUCAAAUAAGAGACCUGGAAAACGAACAAGAGAGAAAAUGAAGAGCAAAUCGCGCUAAGCAGCAUCUUUAUACAAAGAGCCAAGGAAGGGGAUGAAGACAUGGAUUGUCAGCAUUCACUCACAUCCUUUCUACUGGUUUCUUUUGGCAGAAACUACUUUUAAUAAAUUUAAAGGGAAAAUUAUGAAUAA